AUAUAGAGCAAUAUUACAUGAAACCUGCAGGGUCUUGCUUCUGGGUGGCCGCGCUGGACGGCAACGUGGUCGGGAUCGUGGCGGCCAGGGGCCACGAGGAGGACAACGUGGUGGAGCUGCGCCGCAUGUCGGUGGACUUUGAGCAGCGGGGCAAGGGCAUCGCCAAGGCCCUGGGCCGCAGGGUGCUGGAGUUUGCGGUGCUCAGCAACUACUCGGCGGUGGUGCUGGGGACCACCGCUGUCAAGCCGGCAGCCCACAAGCUGUACGAGUCGCUGGGUUUCCGCUACGUGGGCAUCACCGAACACUACGUGCUGCCGGGCAUGAGCCACUCCCUCCUGGAGAAGAUGUUUUUCCAGCUCCGUUACCACCGCUACCGGCUCCUUGUGCGUGAAGAAUAACCCGCGUCCCCCCACCCCCCACACCCCCCCCCCCCCCCAUCCCGCUCUGUAAUAGCUCGACUUUACUUCCUCUCCCUAACCCUCUUCACGUCCCCUAAGAGUCCCAGCCGUCCCUGAUGGUGCUGGUGGGGCCGCAUGGCUGGGUCCAUGUUCCUCUUGCUAGACCUUCUCCAGUACCAUGGGUCUCUCUCACACACACACACACACCGCCCAUAGGAUUGGGGCUGGGUUUCCCAAGGACGGGCUCGGUGUGCGCUUGCAUGUCCUGUGAGUGAUGCUGCUCAUUAACCAAUGCUCUUUCCCCCUUCCACCACCCCCCAUCAAACUACCCAGCCCAGCUUCUCCCCUCCCCACGCCGACAAGCAUGCCCUCCCUCCCUCCGAUGCCAGCGUUACUCCCAACAGCCUUUGAGAUGACCGGGGGAGGAGGGAGGGAGGUUUGGAAAGGAAACGCACUGAUUUCGCCCCCAUGCUGCUCAGACAGGCGAGAGCUGCUAAAUGUGAUGGCACUCCCUCUUGACCUGAUCCAUGUGCAUCUGGACUCCAACAUGCAGUUUUUUUGUUGUUUUUUUUUGAAAAAAGGAAAGAAAUUUAACCUUUAGAUGUGCUGCACCUGCUAAAUUCGACAGUGAGAGCCAGAUGCAACCAAUACCAUUGACUGUUACUCCCAUUACUUUCAGCAUUUGGUCAACUUGGACCUCUUGACCCACGUUGCAUAUUGUGAAAUAAUCAUUGAGUUCUCUCUCCCCUCCCCUUCUCCUGGGUGACAGUGAGUAAAUCAUUCGCAUGCAAACCGGAUGCUACUGGCAGGUUUUUGGUUUGGUUCCUGGGUUUUAUUUUUAAUUUGCGCUUGAGCUGAAUGAUGUCAUUAGAGUCGGAGGGAGGUUGCGGUUUCUAAGAAAAUGCAUCUCCCUUCCCUUCCCCGACCCUCCUCCCCACCAUAUCAAUGGCACAGGCAGAGUCCGUAGGGAUCAAGGAGAAUGGCUCUUCCAAACAAUAAAAAAGAUCACAUACAAUCGCAAAGUCAAAAUCCAUAAGCAAAAACAAACAAAAAUUAUUAGUAAUUAAAAAUAGUCGUGAAUAGUUUCUGCUGCCUUGCUAGUGUUGCUAUGGUAGUUGCUUUAAUGACAUCAACCUCGUGACUGGUAGAAUGCAGAAGUAAUGCAAUUGGCAUGUGUCUGUACCCUGAGUGUAUUGUACAGUGCCUGCCUGAACAAUAAGACAAAGGAUAUAACUCCUUAAUCAUGAAGUAACAACUGUGUAAUAUCUUAAAAGCUUUUUUUGUUUUGCAUGCUGAAUGUCUGUCUUGAAUUCCAAACAAGAGGAUAGCUGAAUUUUAGUUUUAAUAAGGGAGAUGUCCAAAAUAUAAAUAUAUAUAUAUAUAUACGAAAACAAAUUUCUGGAACUGCACUUCAGUGACUUUCUCAGAGAUGCUGAUCCUCGUUGAUUUUAGUAUCAGUACUUUGUAAUAGACAUGUACGUGUACAAAAAAAACUGAAGAGAUACUUUUUCACAAAGUCAUUCCUGGUUAAUGGACAAGGAUUGGUUGCUUUGUUUAUUUUUGUUACGCCGAUGCUUUCUGAAAGAUACCGAAGUUGAGUUGGCAAUGGUCAAAUUUUCUUUUUUUAAAGAUAGUAUUUUAUCGGCAAUGAAUAUCUCUUGGCUUCUAAUGUACGGUCAAGCGAAUGUGUAUCUGAAGUAGUGAAGAUCUCUCACAUCAGUCCAAAUUAUUUUUUAGUCAUUUUCUGUACAUAGAUUAUACCUCGCUGGCGAUGGUGAGUUCGUUGCAGUUCUAAAACUAGCACAAUAUUGGUCUACAAUACUCCCACAGCUCGUGUGGCCAAGCAACUCCACGGUCUCUCUCUCUCUCUCUGGAUCGUGGUCUGGCCGUAAACAGGGCUGAACCUAAGAUGGCCACUGGGAGGCGCAAGAGGGUGAUAGUCGAUUGACCUUUGGCUAAUGCCCAGCCGAGAUCAGGAACUAUUGGGGACAGCAAGGAGCCACAUCUCAAUCCCUGUUGUAGAGUUAGUGCUGAAUACUGGGUGUGGUAUCAGGUUGUAACAAGGGGUGGGAUCAUUAGGAUUUUUUUUUGCUUUAGAAUAAAGUACGCUAAUGUGAGUGCAAAAAUUUGUCUCCAAUGUAACAGUUUAGUGUGGAUAAUGUAUCCUUUACAGGAAUCCCUAUGUUACUCUCUCUUUUUUACAUCAGCCUGAUCAUUUGAUGGGUGAAUUAAAACUGGGUCAGAGGAUGGGAAAGUGAAUGGAUCCUGAGGAAUGGCCUGUGUCCUGAGGUGGGACAGUUAGUUACAACCUGAGGAAAAAGACACCAAAUCUCUCUGAAGACCCUUCGUUCCAAAUUCUGCCCUGUUUGGCUGUUUAUACUUCCCGCUCAGAGUGGUGAGCCUUUUCAUUGGUUUCUGUGCAUGUUGUAAAACACGAGCUCUGUGAUUGGUUGGGCUUGAAGAGGUUUAUCCACCAGGGGAUCUUGCCAGUUCAAAUUGACUCCACCCCACUUCACCAAAUCCAACCUGAAACUUGUUUCUUAGUAAAAAGCGAAUUCCGGCUUUAAUUGUAUCGACCCCCCCCCUCCUCCCCCUAGCCGACCUCUAUUGGCCCUUUGCUUGGGUGGAUUGAGAGGAAAUUUGCUGUCAGCCUCCUGCCUUGAUCUAGCCACCAAGAGUGGAGGGUUGAGUGAAACAGAAUUAGCCUGGAAUGAAGAAAUGGUUUAAUGGCUGUGAGAAUACAAACCAAUCCCAUUCCCAGAUUUCUCCAUCUGUUCAGUGUACACUAUUUAUUUUCCCAUAGUCAUGAAAAGCAAUAAAAAAAAACGAGUUGAUGCCAUACAAGGGAAGUCCUAGCCGGCAAGUUUUGAAGAUGAAACUCUGAAGUGCUGUAAUAAAUGAGAAAAGUCUCAAAUGAACCGUGGCUCACCUUUACUCACGAUCACACAAAGGCAGCAGUAAUUGUGUCAUGAUUCUGUAAUCGGGAGGAUGUAUAUGACCUGAUCUGGAGGUGUGUGUGUUGCUUGCUGAGCUUGUCACACAGGCAUGCCUUAUUGCCAAUGGAUAACUAUCUCAAACAUUGAGAUGGCAUUGAGGUCUCCAGUCACCACUAGCAGCUCAAAGGCACACACCAAUCUAACUUGAAAAUAUCUCGCCAUUCCUUCAUUGUCCUGUGACCCAAAUCCUCAAAGUUUCUCCCUAACUGGGUGUCCUUCCACCCCAAGAUUGUUGCAUUUAGGCUCACCAUCACCUUCUCCAGGACGGCUGACGAACACUAGCUGAGCUCACAAAACCCAUACCCCACAAACAAAUCAACAAAAACACACCUCACGACCUGGCACUGCAUUGUCUGACGAUUCCAGGUCAGAUCCCUGAUGUGAAUAAUGUCUCUCUAGCAGAAACUUAUAACCAUUACCAUUUAGAAGGACAAGGGCAACAUAUACAUGGGAACACCUCAAGUUCCCCUCCAAGCCACUCACCAUCCUGAUCUGGAAACUUAUCGCUGUUCCAUCAGUGUCGCUGGGUCAAAAUCCUGCCAUUCACUCCCUCACGGUGUUCGGGAGCACAGGGACAGCAGCAGUUCAAGGAGGGAUAGUGCUAAUUAUAAAGACCUUAUGAGUUACAGGUAAAGGGAUCCAAGCUGCACGAAUGUGAACAUGUGGUCAAAUGGGUUACUCAGACCUAAGACAGUGCAAGUGCUUGAAGUACAGUAUGUAGUAAGUAUCUGUAAGACAAAAACUUGAAGAGAAAAGGGGAAAGAGGUGUACAGGAGUAGGCCAUUCAGCUCCUCCAAUCUGUUCUGCCAUUCAGUGAGACCACGGCUGAUCUGCAGCCUAUCUCCAUAUCCCUGCCUCUGGCCUCUAUCUCUUUGCUUAACAAAACAAUAUCUAUCUCAGAUUUAAAACUAACAAUUGAUCCAACAUUAGCUGCUGGAAGAAUUGUGAAUGACAAUCUUGAUUCACAUUGUUUCUCGAAAUGGUUUCCUUUGCCCCAUAUCUCAAAACUGCCGACAUAUAAAAGAAGAGAGACCAAUUCUGAAGGAUAAUUUCUCAGCAUAACUUUUCUUCCUCUGCUUGUCCCAGACGUGCCCAGUAGGAAGACUUUGUAGUUAAGUGAGGAAACUGACAGCAGCUAGACACAGAGAAGUUUGAUGUUUCAGGAGUUGGGUCUUGCUGCAUACUCCAGGCCGGUAUGUUAAAUAGCCAACAUUUAAAAUUUGUGUUUAACAUUUCCUGACAAACGCUUUUAACAAAUUAAUGGUAAAUGGAGUGAAUAAAGGAAAUUUGAACUGAUGUUCUGAGUGUUUAUAACAUUCAGAUGCCAAAUGCCUGUCUUCUCACAGUCUUUAAUCCCUCUUUUAUUCCCCCAGUUGCUCUCUGGUUUAUUGAUUUUCACUUGUAUUGUCCCUUUAAGCCUUAACCAUCCAAUUCAGCAAUAAACUGACAUCGGAGACUAUGAUAAGCAGUAUUACAGCCAAUGGUGUUCGUGUUUUCAGUAAUAAGAACUACUUUGUAAUUGACUUUUAAGCGUCUGUCAGAUGCUGGCUGCAAUUCAAUGAUGAAACUCUAUGAGUAUCCUUACAGUAAAAAUUAAUUUUGUAUUGUGA